UUUUUAAUGUUCAUCACUUGGACCAUAACUUUCUUGAAGUAGACAUUUAUAUCUACUCUAUUUUCUUUUAGUUGAAUUUAACACUUUCAUUUGCCCUCAAUUUCCUUUACCUCUGCUUUUCUUAUUUCUCUUUCUUUGAAGCCCUCCUCUUUUUUGCUGUGUUUUGCUGUUGGGCACUCUGGUUGAAGGCUUAGAAAUGGCAGCAGAUGUGAGUAGUUCAUUGGUGAGGGUAUUGAGUGGACAUAUUGAAGAACAGCCUCAGAUUCAUGCUGGCAAUUCAGAUAUUUUGAUUACAAAAGAUUUGUUGGGAAGUUUGUCCAAGGCUGCAACCAAAGAAAUAGAUCUCGAAUUUAAGCCUGGAAAAGCACAGACACAAAGAUGCAGCUCACCAAAGUCACCACUAUCAGCACCAGUAUCUUCUUCUUCUUCAGACGGAAAGAGCAAGAAUCAAUUGCCAAAUUCAUUUCAAGAUUCCAAGUUUCAAGACUUGAACUUCCCUCCAGUUAACUUCUUUGAAGACACCUCCCUGGACUUAAAGCUUCAGUCUUCAACCCCAAGCCGUUACCAGAGUGUCUGCACUCUUGACAAGGUCAAAUACGCCCUGGAAAGAGCAGAAAAAGAAACCAUGAAGAAGCGUUCAUCAUCACCACCACCUUCUUCAUUGCCUGCAACAUCUUCAUCGACACCAGGAAUGUUUGCAGCUGCAUGCCCUGGUUGCUUGCUAUAUGUCAUAGCUUCCAACACGAAUCCCAGGUGCCCUCGUUGCAAUUCUAUUGUUCCAUCUGCCUUGGCUGUGAAGAAGCCUCGGAUUGAUCUCAAUGCGUCAUUUUAAUCUUUUUUUUUUCUCUCCUUUUGAGCAUUGAUCAGAGAUAAUUGUAACUCUAUAAUCUAUAUUACAGAUAUAGAGUUACUUCACUUUUCAGUCCUGCAAAUAUAUUGAUUCUUGUAAAUCGAAAAAUAUAGGUUUAGAUUUCUGGUUACUUUUAGUACAGGGACCAUGAUGAUAUCACAGAUGUUUUUGUUAGAUUAAUUUGAUGUGUUUUUGGGAGAAUAUAUAUAAACUUUAGAUCUCCUCAUCUUAUGAUAUUACAUACCUCAAAUUUUUGUUUC